UUACAGAACUAGCCAGUACAGGCACCACACAAGAGGUUAUUAUCUCAGAAUUAUGUUAAUUAUGACUUAGUUUUUAGAUUAGGAUUAUAAUUCUGUGGCUUUUUCUGUUUUUACUCCUUUCACAAGAAAAUUACGUGCCGUAAUUAUGUAUCAUAAAUCCAUGCUACCACUCCCGUGGUGAUGCAGGAUAGUCGGUUUAGACUGGUUUGCACCUAUACUCAAAACUUACACCUCAGUUAUUUUUCCACUGUAGGAUAAAAUAUUUUAUUUUCAUAUCUUAACAAGGAGUAAGUAGUUUUAGUUUCUGAAACGCAACCUAACCUUAACCUUAGCGAUAUUAUUAUUAGUGUUAGUAUGAAAUUGCCCAAUGCAACACUGCUAAACAACAGCGGGGGGCAGUAGAUCAUAAAACAGCCAUAUGUCUGCUUUUAGAAGGCAAAAUGUUUUUUGUUGAGGUUUGUUUGAACUCUGUUUAAACUUGUGAAAGCUAUGUGAAAGCAUGGAUCCAUCCUGCCUUGUAUUAAUGGGUCCGUCUGCUGGUCAUGAUGUCAUAAUAAGGAGGCUAUUCUUUAGACUCCUUAGUACCAACUGAGUAUUCUUGUUGACCAUGUCCCUCCCUUUAUGAACACAGUGUACCCAUCUUCUGCUAGAUGCUUCCACCUCACAGUGUCACAAAGCUCAAACAAUCUCAAAAGGGUUUCUUGAAGAUGACAAUGAGUUCGCUGUAGAUUUCAGUACUUUUAAAAAUACAAUGGAGUUUUUUUAUGCUGACAUUGUGGGUCAAACUGUUAUUACAUAGUUAUUUUUCCCCUGAGAAUAUAGUUAUGAUGAUUUCACAUUUAUUAAUCAGUUUUUCAUAUUGUGCAUUUUAAAAUUCCGUGUAUGCAGGAAUAGAAAUGGCAAAGGUCGAAUAUUUACUUGCAUAUAUUAGCAAAUGACUGUUUUGAUUUAAAACAGGAACAUCAGAAAAUGUGUCAUGGCUGUGCAGCUUUGCAGUUCUUUAAUUAGCGUUUCCUGCAUGUGGUCCGCAUGUUGUCUCUGCAUUCAUACAGGUUUCCCCUGUGUGUCUUUUCAAUCACACAUCAGGUGGAUUAUACUCCAGCUGUCCCACAGCUAGGAAUGUGAGGGUCUGUCUCUCUGUUUUAGCAUUGACUGACAAACAGAUUCAGGCUAUUUACCUGCUUUCCACCUCAUACAUACUCGGAAUGGCUCCAGGCCACCAUCACUAUGAACAGAAACAUGCAACAAGACAAAGUGAAUCAAUUAAACGCCACAUCAGGAUUUGUUAUCCUAGAAAUUAUGUUCACCCAGUAAUCACAUUGUUGGGAAGCUUACUGAUGGAGCAGGUGAUGGAAUUUGGAAUUUGCCAAGGCAUUAGAAACAGCAGUGUCACAAAUGAGCUGGGGGCAUUCAUCCCACCAUGCUACGGCCUGAUUUCCAGAAGUCGUCAUCUGUCACAGAGCUGUGCGCCUCACUAAUUUAAUUUCAUAAGCUGUUGAAUGUCCUGAGAGGAACAGCGAAACAGGAUGGAGACUGGAUGAUAUAACGCAUGAAUAUAUGUAAGAAGAAGAUGUGAUGGGAUUAUAUGAAGUUUAAUUUGGGGUUUAUCAUCUUUGAUCUAUUCUGUUGCAGUGAUAUGAAGAAAAAACCCCAAUCUGCCUGAUUAUCUAAUCUUAGAAACACAGACUGGUUCUUGUGGAUGUUAUAUUCCAAAUAAAAAUCCUAUAUAAUAUUAUAUUACAUACAGCAUAAAGAAAAUUGCAUACAAGGAAUAAGAAAAAAUACCUCCAGAAAUAAUAUUCUGUGAAACACUGAAAACUGGCAUGAGGACUUUCACCUUUCUUGAGAUUUGGAUCCAUCAAAGGGAAACUCCUCGCCUCACAUAUAUAUUUAUUUAUAUGUUACAUUUCAAUCUGAUUUCAACUUCUGUACAAUGCAGUUUUACAAUUUUGGAAAGGGACUUCAAAACUCUUUCUUUUCACUGACUUGUGUCAAAGAAAGAUUAAAUAUUUGGUUGUAGUGGAAAAAAGUAAAUAUAUUCAGUUAACACAAUGCGCCUUUAAAAAAACAACUUUACUUUAAAAUUAUAUUAACAUGUAACAAAAAGUGAAUUUUAAUUAUUAAUUAACUGUUGCAACCAACUGGCUCUGAAAACUUGGCGAGCAGACAUGGUCACCAUGGAGAUCCACCAUGGUCUCUUGGACCUUAGGAUUCAGCUGGAAGCCCUUCUCCUUGUCAAAGUAGUCCAAGCAUUGGUACAUUGGUUCUUCCCAACAGAGGUUUUGCAGCCUCAGCAGAAACACGAGCAGAAAGAACCACAGGAUCCCCUUCUGCAAUGACCACAGUGUAACGUUAAUGUCUGCAUUAGUGCCAGUGGUGCUGUACACAGACACAGGACAGUCAGCAGUAAAGGACAGCAUGACUUUCUUGUACUUAAAGAGCUCCUCGCUGUACCUCCUCUCCUCCUCAGCCCUUCAUGAUUGCAGGCACAGAUGAUCCCAUUCAGCUUUGAUCUGUUAAACUUGUGGCUAGAAUGAAUCUUCUGACUGUUUUUUGAACAGUGUCUGAAGCAGCUCUCCUCACUACAUUUCCAAAGUUGUAUUUCUAAUGAUAAAUUAACAACUAGCAUUUCAUCUCCAAACAGCUAUAGUUCAUGCAUGCGGAGGUGUGACAUUAAGCAUGGUAUGAAUUCCUUUCUCAAGCUUUUUUGUCCAAUCUUCAAGGAGACAGUGACCGAUAACGAAUCCUAUUAUCUCUGUAUUUGAGCAUUUAUUGCAUCUGGCCUCUCUUCAUCACAGCAUGCUCUUCUUGUCUUAAGUGCAGCUGUUCUGAAUACUAGCAGUCUAGUUUUUAAAUGUUUUGGCUAAUUGGUUUUUAAUUUAUUUUGCUAGAUUAUGCUAGAAAAGAGACGCAUCAGUCCAAGACUCCUCUGCUCAAGGGUAAAAAGAGAGAGAGAGAAAAAAGCUGUACUUUAGUAUAGCCUGAAAGACCCAAGCCAUCCCUGACUGCAGCCAUUCAUAUCCUCGAGCUAUUCUAUAGCUCAUUGAGUUUGAUUUUAACACCAAUUUAGGGUAUGAAAAACAACACAUGAGCACAUUAAUUAAAUGACAUUAUAGAGUCCUUUUUUACAGCAUUAUGUUACUCUUAACAAAUGGCAUUUUUCAUCGCCUAAUCAAAUAAAUUUUAAUGAGAGAAGAGGACUUUACCCCCAGGAGGGGGCUUGUGUAUAAUAGCAGAGCAUUUAGUGCAAGAUAGACAGAUGUGCCAUCUCUGAGUUUUCCUGUUGUACUCACAUCCCCACACACACUCCUCCCACAUGCCAGCCCAUUAAAUCUUACUUUUGGUAAUGCAUUAUCAUGAAUGUUAUGUCAUCAUUCUUAUCCCUGCAUCCCGCUAGUUGACCUUAAUGAACCCUGCCAAUACAGAGACAGAAAUCUGCACUAUCCCAUGCUCUUCAUAAUCACUCCAUAAACUGCACAACAAUACAAAUCUGUGUGUCAGAGUAGCAUGUUGGCAGCCACAGUCACACAGCUGCACAUGUUCUGAAAGACCUGCGAACAUCAGAGAGAGGUGGAUGGGAAGAGCGGGAGUGGUGAACAGAUGACCAACCGAAAGGUGGAAACGUGUAUUUUUAGAGAGAGAGAAGGCUGUCAGAUGAAGGUGACGCUACAGAUCAGAGCACACCACAGAGGAAGAUGAACAGCAGGAGUGUUGGUGUGCUUGCUUCUUGUUUUGAGUGUGGAGGCUUACUGUCUGGAGAGAGUGCGCGCUGUCCGUCAAGCCUAAUUUGAGGAAAAGCGCAAGUGGUUUUCAGAAGGUUUAGCUACAGGCAAAAGCUGAGUGUGUUUCAUACUGGGACUGAGCCGAGGCACACUCCUACAGGCGAAUUUGGAUUUUUUUUGCCGAGGAAAUGGAGGAAAUUUGUUCACUUUUUGGUCCAACUUCUUUGUCUGCUCAUAAAGUACAAUCCACCUUUAUUCACGGUCCUGCUGAAAAGUCUGCUGCGUUAACAGUAGCGACCCUUUUGGCGCGUAACAUAUACCACAUUGGUGGCACCGUGGCUGUACCACAGAAAUGCAGGCUUACACAGACUGUGGAGCGAUGCAUGAGUGUUAUGCAGUCAGGGACACAGAUGGUAAAGCUGAAGGCUGGAUCCAAAGGGUUGGUAAGGCUCUUCUACCUGGAUGAACAUCGUUCCUGCAUCCGCUGGAAGCCCUCACGCAAGAGUGAGAAGGCCAAGAUCACCAUCGAUUCACUGUAUAAGGUGACAGAGGGCGGCCAGUCGGACAUCUUCCAUCGGCAUGCGGAUGGCACCUUCGACCCUGCCUGCUGUUUCACUGUUUAUCAUGGAAACCACAUGGAGUCCCUUGACCUGGUGACAUCAAAUGCAGAGGAAGCCAGAACCUGGAUAACUGGUCUUCGCUACCUGAUGGCCGGAAUCAGUGAUGAGGACUCUUUGGCCAAACGCCAGCGUACACACGAUCAAUGGAUGAAGCAGACAUUUGAAGAGGCCGAUAAGAACGGAGAUGGCCUGCUAAACAUUGACGAAAUCUACCAACUUCUUCAUAAGCUGAAUGUCAAUCUGCCACGCAGGAAGGUCAAGCAAAUGUUUCAGGAAGCAGACACAGAUGAUCAACAGGGCACUCUCACAUACGAGGAGUUCUCUGUCUUCUACAAGAUGAUGUCUCUGAGACGGGACCUGUAUCUGCUGAUGAUGGCAUACAGCGAUAGGAAGGACCACCUGACAGUUGAAGAACUGGUCAACUUCCUGCACAACGAGCAAAAGAUGACCAAUGUGACUCCAGAGUAUGUUGCAGAAAUCAUUGACAAGUUUGAAGUGUCAGAAGAAAAUAAACAACAAUGCGUUAUGGGGAUUGAAGGUUUCACAAAUUUCAUGCGCUGUCCAACGUGUGACAUUUUCAACCCAUUGCACCAUGAGGUAAAUCAAGACAUGGACCAGCCUCUGUGUAACUACUUCAUCGCCUCCUCUCAUAACACCUACUUGACUGGAGAUCAGCUCCUCUCCCACUCCAAGACUGACAUGUAUGCCUGGGUGCUGCAGUCUGGUUGCCGCUGUGUAGAAGUGGACUGUUGGGAUGGUCCCGAAGGAGAGCCGAUGGUCCAGCAUGGCUACACUCUGACCUCAAAGAUCCCAUUCAAGUCUGUCAUAGAGACCAUCAAUAAAUAUGCCUUCAUAAAUAACCAGUAUCCAGUGAUUCUCUCCAUAGAGAACCACUGUAGCAUCCAGCAGCAAAAGAAGAUUGCACAGUACCUGCGAGAAAUCUUUGCAGACAAACUGGACAUAGGAGAUGUACUGAGUGGAGACUGCAAAACAUUACCCAGUCCUCACAGCCUGCAAGGCAAGAUACUCAUCAAAGGAAAACGCCUGCCUGCCUAUCUGUCUGCGGAUGCUGAAGAAGGGGAGGUGUCCGAUGAUGACAGCGCUGAUGAAAUUGAGGACGACUUCAAGCUCAAGAGCAGUAAUGGCAAUGGUCACCACCAGGUGGUGGAGUCUCACAUCAGAAAGAAACUGGACUCUCUUUUAAAGGAGUCUCGGAUCGGAGACAAGGAAGACACUGACAGCUUCAGCAUCAGAGCUUUGCUCCGAGCCACACACCAGGGUCUUCAGAAGAAUCUGCGGCAGAGCUCCAGAGGGGUUCUGAAGAAAUCCCAAAGCAGAUCGUUCAUCACGACACUCAAACAGAAGAGGCACUCCAAAUCCAGGCUGACAUGCCAAAGCAUGGACAAGGAAGAAGAUGGUCAGGAGAGGUCUGGGAGGGAGGCUGGAGGACAGUUCAACAGGUGUUUAAGAAAGAGGAAGACGAUGAAACUGAGCAGGGAUCUGUCAAAUCUUGUGGUGUUCACCAACUCUGUUGCCUCACAGGAGUGUCUUAAUGAAGGUACUGCAGGUGACGUUCUGUCUUUCAGUGAGACCAGAGCACAGUCGCUGGUGAAUCACAGAACAGAAGAGUUUCUGGCUUUUAACCAGAGGCAGCUGUCUCGAAUUUAUCCCUCGGCAUAUCGCAUCGACUCUUCCAAUUUCAACCCUCAGUUCUACUGGAAUGUGGGUUGUCAGUUGGUUGCACUCAACUAUCAGACAGAGGGGAGGAUGAUGCAGCUGAACAGAGCCAAGUUUAUGGUGAAUGGAGGUAUUGGAUAUGUCCUCAAGCCUCCUCCAAUGUGUAAAGGCACCUUCAACCCAUUCUGUGAUGAUCCCCUUCCAGCUUAUCCCAAGAAGCAGCUCAUUCUCAAGAUCAUUAGCGGACAGCAGUUGCCCAAACCGCCAGAUUCCAUGCUGGGGGACCGUGGAGAGAUUAUUGAUCCUUUUGUUGAAGUGGAAAUAAUCGGUUUGCCAGUUGACUGCUGCAAGGAACAGACCCGAGUUGUUGAUGACAAUGGUUUUAACCCAGUAUGGGAGGAGACUCUGACCUUUACACUUCACAUGGCUGAGGUGGCAUUGGUGCGUUUCCUUGUCUGGGACCAUGACCCGAUUGGAAGGGACUUUAUUGGUCAACGGACUGUUGCUUUCACCAGCCUGAUGCCUGGUUACAGACACGUUUACUUGGAAGGGCUAACUGAAGCUUCCAUUUUUGUGCACGUGUCAGUGCAUGAUGUCUAUGGGAAGUGGAGCCCUCUAGUGCUGAACCCCAGCUUUACCAUAAUGCACUUUCUAGGAUCUAAUAAGAGUAAUCAGCUACGAGGUAUCCGAGGUUUCUUUAACCGUUCUUCCAAGUCCUCCGUUGAUACAAAUUCCAGUGGUCCUCGAAAACGCUCCAUCAGUGAUCACCUCCUGCGACGCACGGCAAGUGCCCCGGCAAAGGGACGGAAGAAGACAAAGAUGAUGCUGUCAGAGUCAGUGGCUUCAAUAUCAGACCAUAAGAAUGGCACAGGUGCAGCUGCUGCAGGAGGAGAGGGUGUGUCUGGGAAGGAAGGAGGGAUGGAGAGACGUCUCCAGCCUCGAGCCCCACUUAUUCACAGGCCGAUCUCCAUGCCCUUAGACAGACUUCUGCAAGGGCAGCUUUCCAUCUGCUCCCCAGACAAAGAACAGCAUGACAUAGGUGCAGACACUAUUAUUGGAUCCUGCCUUUUUGACAGGCCCAGGUCUUCAUCUGUUGACCUACUCAUUGAAUCAUCACUUGCCACAGAAUCAAACACCCCUUCUCCCUCUAAGACAUACAGAAACAAAGAAUUUCACCAGUCAGAGACUUCUUAUCUGGUUGUUGGUGUUGGAGAAGUGGGGAAGGAAGAAGACUAUGCGAAUUACCAACCAGAAGUCAACAAAUCCAAGAUCAUCUCCACAAGAACAGAGAAAAACUCUCUUAUACUGCCUGCAAUGAAUAGCCAAAUGCAACUGGAUAAACCAGAAACAUCAUUAAGCAGCACAACAUUCACAGUUGCAUCUUCAGUGUUUUCAUCCUCCUCCCCUGUCCCCUCAUCUGUGGCCCCCCUUCCCCCUGUCAACAGGUACUGUGAUUUAAAGAGCCCCAGCUCUAUGCAUGACAGCACAAUUUCCAGAAUUAUUGAUGCUGUAUCCUUAAGCAAUGAGGAAGACACAUGUGGCUCUGUUUCAGCUCUUAUUGGUCAAUUUGAAAGCACUGUUGACCAAAACAGUUUCACAUCUCAUGAUAUGAUCCCAUCCCAUCAUUCAAACUUGAGGCCUACUACCCCUAAAACACUAGAAGAGUUCAGAUCUCCUCUGAAAACCAGUGCAGAUUCCCCCUACAAGAAAAAUCCCACAAGUCCCCAGAAGGCAGUUCAAAAAGCAAAUAAUGUAAAUCAGGAAAUCUGUUCACCUCACAAAAGUAUCCAACGUGCACCAGCCCCCAUCUCCAGCCCAGAAACCACUGAGCUUGAGGAGGUCUAUACCAUUCUAGAUGAGGAGGUUUUGUCACCAGUAUCAGUGUACAACCUGAAGAAACAGGCAGUCCAUGUUCAGGCAGACACUUUAAAGAGCACACCCUCAAGCAGUUUGGGGUCAUCUCCAGCAAAGGUGGUUCAGGGACUGAGGAACAGUCAUAAUAUAGGCUGGGAUUGUGUGGAAAGAAAAAGAGAUGAUGAGAUAGAGGAGAGGGUGUAUGAAGAGGUGACUGAUCCCCCAGGACCAAUGAAUGAAACAGAACAAAAUACUUCUAAAAGGUACAUAGGCUCUUCUGUAAACGGUCACAGUUUCCAGAUUCCCUGCGAUUCAUCUGGAAAAGUUUUUACAGAAGUGGAGUUAAAUGUUGAUGAGGAUCCACUGGAGAUGAUGCUGACUUCCCCAAGACAUUAUGAGUUUGGGCUUAUGAGUCCUAUCAAACGCCAGGCUAUAUAUGAAAACCAUGAGUCCACUCCCAGCUGCUUCCUACAAAAACAGCCUUCUUCAUAUUAUGAUUCCCAACAGCAGUACUCAUCACGUUCCUCUCACGUUGCAUUUUCACAGCAUCAUUCCCUCAUGAAUCAACAUUCUUAUCAGCAGUUCAGUCACGAUGAACAUCAUGACAGCUCCCAGACUUCCCUCCACUAUAGACUUUUUAACUCUAGACCCUCUAAACCCAGUCCACUGCGUCAAAACAGCUACCCCAUACCUCAGAGAAAUUCCGAGGCCCUUAACUACACCAGAGACUUCAGCACUUCCUACCAGCAGAGGAGCUACAGUGGGAAUCGUAUCCUAAACAUGUCUCAUCAAGACAAGCUGGGGUAUGAACAGCUGGAGAGGGAGCAAGCAGGAUGUUACCAAAAUGGUAUUUCCUCUUCAGAAAGCCUCCAUGAUCAAUCUGCUACAUCUGUAAACAGCUGUAGAGACAGAGGCCUUUAUUCCCCCUCUUCAGACUGUGAAGCAGUAUACAGCCAUCUGGACUAUGACUGCAUUAUGUCCUCUAAGGCGCCACAGAACAGUCAGCUACACAACCAAAGUCAAACACAAUCAUUUGACCAACAGCAGUCAUGGAACCACGAGGUUUCUCAGAUUAAUUAUAGGCACCAGCCACAGGCUGAAACCAGAACUACACGACAGUCUAGUUUAAAGCCUUUAUCACCUCUUUCUCAGUCUGAUACUAUAGACUCCACAGCCCCCAACCCAUGCAAAUCCAAAUCCCUGGGAGACUUAACCUCUGAAGACAUAUCAUGCAACUUUCAGAGCAAAUACCACAUUAUUAGUCGCAGUUUCAUCACGCCCCAUAUGAGGAAGCAAAAGAAGUCGGGCACCAUAGAGGGAGUAACUUUCCAGUCACAGUCUUGUGAUCCUCUUACCGAACAGCUACGUAAGCUGGUCAGUUUGGAGGGGGAUGACAGUGACAUCGAUAGGCCCCAGUCUCCUCAGUUGCAAGAAAAAUCCCCACUGUCACAGCCACAGGCACCAAGUUUAGCUCCUGUUGUGUCCAGGGAUAUAGAUGAUUCCCCUCCACCCCUAACACGUCGCCUAUCCUCCCGUAGUCAAAGCCGUGUACGUCACAUCAAUAGCCGGGCUCGCGAAAGACAGCAAGAAGCUCUAAAACCUCGCUCAGGGGUGGUCAUCAAUAGCACUGGUGGCAUUGGUGGGGUGGUAUUAAGGAAUAAACCAGCCUCACAGAAUCCUCCAACGAACAGACACUCUACUGGUUCUUACAUAGCAGGUUAUCUUGGUCAGCUGGAAGACAGGGGACUUCCCGAAGGAGCUUGCACAUCGUUACGUUACGGAAAUGGUGACCAUUAUGGAGAUCGAUACUAUACUGAUGACUCUCUUCCACCUGCAAACACAAGCCACUCAGUGUCUGAGCCCGAGGUCUACUUUCUGCUCAGACUCUAAUUCUGAUAACUUUACAUGAAAUUAAGAAUCUGCCAGUGAUUCUUGAUUAACUUCUGUUAUACCAAAAGUCUGGGGAUCAAUGAAAUAAGCACUUGCUUGUUCUCAUGUUUGUUAACCCCAAGUUGAAUAAAUGUUUAUUCUGGGCUGUUUUUAGAAAAGAUAAAAGUAAAGCAUCUCAUAUAAUCCAUGGUUGGAUCUGACAGCAUGAAUUGCCUGUAUGAAAUGUCCACUAUUUCAAUAGUGAAUGGUCUUUCUAGUCGGCUAUAUAUUGUCUGUAUUAUGCUUAAUGUGUAAAUGUACUUGGGAACUUUGGGUCCCUCCAAACGGCUUCCUAGACUGAUUGUACAGAUACUUGUUAUCUUUGUCCCAGUGAUGUACUGUCCAAAAUAUGUACACUGACUAUGAAGCAAAAAAAAAAAGAAGUAUUGGCUGUUAAGCAGAGAGGGAAUGUCUUUCUGUGUAUCAUUUGAAUGUGUAGUAGUAUCAAACAGCUAGUUUGAAUUGAUGGAUUUCAUCUUCAUAUCAAAUGUAAGUCUUCCUUCUCUUUCCGGUGGUAUUUCUUUAUUUGUGUUGUGUGUAAAUAUUCCUGACAUGAUUUUUCAUCUCAGAUGAGUUUUAGUUGAGAAUCAGUUCUAACUGUACAUUUAUGUUUGUGCAUGUUACUUGUGAACAUGUCAAGCAUGACUAUGCACCAGUUUAUACAAUAGGUGUUGCAUUGACCAACCUUAUUUGCACAGAACAAACAGUUGUAUUGGAUACAACAGAGGGCAUAGGCUGGUUUGUAUUGGGUGCAAUACAGUACAUAGACUUCUUUGCUUGGACUUGUUGCUCUUUUUGAUUUGUAGAAUUUGAAAAUGUGAUUGCAAAUUAAGAAAAAAAAUGAGUUUAAAGGUUUUUAUUUUUAUAAUUGCUUUGAUACAGACUGCAAAAAUGAUCUUUUAGUUCUGUUCAUUUUUAUUUUGUAUACGUAAUGGACUGAAAAGGCAGAGUGACAACUACACUGGGCCAAGCAGAGGAGAGGAGCGUAGUAAGACUGCAGUUUUGGUGGGUUUUUUCUUUUUUGUUUCAGUGUUGCACCAUCUUUUUUCUUUGUAUGGCUGCUCACUGAAGAACUAUGAGCAUUUUCUUAUCAAUGCAAUAAAAUUAUGAGAUAUUUGGUUUCAGCAAA